CUACGGCGGCUGGCGCGGGACAGGCUGCGCGUUCCGCGGAGCCGUGCCGGGCAGCAUGGAGGACGGAGAGGCCGCGGCGGCGGCGGCGGCGGGGGCGGCGGGGGACGGGCCCGCGCCCGUGUUCACCCUCGAGGAGGUGGCGAAGCGGAACUCCAGCCGUGAGGCCUGGCUGGUGAUCCACGGGCGCGUCUAUGAUGUCACCCGGUUCCUGGAGGAGCACCCAGGUGGAGAAGAGGUGUUGCUUGAGCAAGCUGGCAGAGAUGCCACUGAGAGCUUUGAAGAUGUGGGGCAUUCCACAGAUGCCAGGGAAAUGCUGAAGCAGUACUACAUCGGAGAGGUCCACCCGAAUGAUCGUGAAAACGAAGCUUCUAAGGAUCCAAGUAGGACAUCCUCAGGCCAAACAAGUUUCUGGUCGACAUGGCUGAUCCCCAUCUUUGGAGCACUGGUCUUAGGUUUAAUGUAUCGCUAUUACAUGGUGGAUGGGAAAAACUCCUGAGCUGGCCUUGCUGGGGCCUCAGACAGCCUGAAAAGAGGGAGAGAGAUUGUGUGUGUGCAACACGUGGAGUUCUGCUGCCCUUAGCCUUCCUGCCUUGCUUUUAGCUCUGAGUCUGUCAAGUGAUGUUGAUAUCCAUGGGACCAAACUACUUCCAAACUCUAUCCUAACUCUGGGACCCACAGAUCUGUUGUGCUUCCCUCUUGGAGUGGCAGGGAAAGAAGAACUUCCAGUAUUCCCUGACAUUGGUGUGGUGUCCCUUGUGCUCUCUCUCUCUCGCUCUCUCUCGCUCUCUGACAUAACCCCCAGACAACCUUUUCUCUCAAUGCCUUUGCGUUAAGCCAGACACCAUGAAAGAGCUGCCCUGGGCCUGUGGCUUUGCCUCAGCCCUUCACAUAGUCGGGAAUCAUCUGCCAGUUGUCUUCAGCCCUUGCCAAAAAAGAUGUCCAGAGCUUUGGUUCCGUAAGAACAUUCCCAGAGCUUGCAGGCAACACUAAUUGGAGCAGCAGGGAAUUGUUAGUUUGGCCACUUCUUUCUGUACCUGUUUUUAACGGUUAAACAAAUACAUGGAUUUUAAAAGU